AUGCGAUUGCUGCUAACUUUUCUAUUCUGCGCCCUGGGAGCUGAGGGCAACCCGUAUUUCCAUAAUAACUUCUUCCCGAUUGAUGAGAAGAUCGAGCCGCCAUGUCGUGCGGGUUUUAGGAAUAUUGGAGGAUCGUGUUAUCGGAUCGUAAUCGUUGGAGGUGACCACGAGCAAGCUCGCACCAUCUGCCGAGCCAUCGGAGCCGACAUCGACUUGGCCACCAUCCGAUGCCCUGAGGAAAAUGAAGGAAUUUAUAAAAUGACAAAAGAACAAUGGAUCGCCGACGCCUUCGAUGAGGUCAAACGCGAGAACAAGCUGUGGGACGGGUAUUCUUGGAAUAUGUGGAUCGGGCUUCACGGUUCUGACGCGAAGGUUCGACCCGAUCCUAGCCAGUGGUACGUCGACCGGGACAUGAAGCACUACUACCGGAAUUGGGCCUCGAAGCAACCGGACAACUACUGGGGGACCAAGCGGGAAGCUUGUGCUUAUAUGUACAUCCGCGAAUCGUUCAUCAAUCACGCAGCCAACCCCUGGGACCCGGCCACGUGGAACGACUGGGAGUGCAGCAAGACCAUGUUCGCCGCCGUCUGCGAGCAGAGCGUGAUGACCUCCGGCCAGGGUUGCAUCAAAUCGAAGCUGGCGUUGCAUCUUAAUUCUCGCCUGCUGCGCUCAGCAAUCAGGCUUGUCUGGGAGCCGGAUGCCCACCGGCAAUAUCUUCCAGGCCGGCCAGCCGCUUCCAGCUGGAUCGGAGGAAGAGGAGACCCAGCCCUUGAAAGUUCUAAACGUGGCCAACUGGAGGGACGGCAGCCCGGUCGAUUUCACGAAUUUUUGGGAACACCAACCUUCAGCCGAACACUAGUUGACUUUUCCUCAAGCCCUACAACUGUCCUGAAGCUCCGCGCCGCGCAGAACGAGUUUUUGUGCAAGCUGGCUUGGUACCCGGAAUGCGCGAGUACCGCCUUCGAAGGCUGGAAAAAUGGAACGGCCUGGAUUGGAGGGCAGAGCAGUACAGACAACACUGUAAGAAUAGACGGCUGGACCGAUGGGAGCCCCGUCGACUUUACGAAUUUUGCGACCGGCUCCAAAACAAACCCUUAUCUGGUGUUUAAACCCUAUAAAUGCGGUGGGAAGUCCACGUACGGUGCGUGGGCGUUGAUCGCCCCGGGACCGUUGCUUGAGGCAUCGUUUGCUGAGCUCUGCGCC